UGGCCUUGCUGGUGGCCAAGAACGUCGCCAUGUUCCCGGGCAACCAGGAGCGGUUCUCGGAGGGCCACAUCGACGUCUGGUGGAUCGUCCACGACGGGGGGAUGCUUAUGCUGCUGCCCUUCCUCCUGCGGCACCACAAGGUUUGGCGCAAGUGCAAGAUGCGCAUCUUCACGGUGGCACAGAUGGAUGACAACAGCAUCCAGAUGAAGAAGGACCUGACCACGUUCCUGUACCACCUGCGCAUCACUGCCGAGGUGGAGGUGGUGGAGAUGGUGA